AUGCUGUGCCGGCUCAGCGUUAGGUGGCUGCGGCCCCGGCCUCCCCUGCAAGUCCGUGUCCUGGAGCCAUCGCUCGCACGGGCCCCCGCGGUCGGCGCCAGUCGCUCCGCUCUGCCAGUGUGGGCGGUGGCAUCGGUCUCCGCAGUUGGCCCGAGCGGCGCGGGAGGCUGGUACGAGGCCUUGGCUACGUCGGCGCCGGUACAGGGCGCAGAGGACGUGCUGCUCUUGGCCCACACCGCCUCGGGCCUGCCCUGGUGGGGCAGCAUUCUCCUCACCACCGUGGCCCUGCGCGGGGCCGUCACGCUACCCCUGGCCGCCUACCAGCACUACAUUCUGGCCAAGGUGGAAAAUUUGCAGCCAGAAAUAAAAAACAUUGCACAACGUCUUAACCAAGAAGUUGCAGUUCGUGCACAUCAGUUGGGAUGGUCCAAGAGAGUUGCCAGGCUCACUUACCUAAAGACUAUGCGGAGGCUUGUUUCAGAGCUCUAUGUUCGGGAUAACUGCCACCCCUUCAAAGCAACUGUGCUGGUCUGGAUUCAGCUUCCAAUGUGGAUCUUCAUGUCUGUCGCUCUCCGAAAUUUUAGCACAGGGGCAGCACACUCAGAAGCAGGUUUUUCUGUUCAGGAGCAGUUAACUACCGGUGGGGUCCUGUGGUUUCAUGACCUCACUGCUCUGGAUUCCACUUGGAUUCUGCCUGUUUCCGUUGGUGUCAUCAAUUUAUUAAUAGUGGAGAUUUUUGCUCUGCAGAAACUUGGAAAGGCUCGUUUUCAGAAGUAUGUUACGUACUUUGUUCGUGCAGUGUCAGUGUUGAUGAUUCCAAUCGCAGCAACAGUACCUUCAUCCAUCGUCCUGUACUGGCUCUGCUCCAGCUUCAUGGGCCUGUCACAGAGCUUGCUGCUCCGCUCUCCUCGGUUCCGCCAGCUCUGCAGGAUCCCGCUGACCAAGUUAGAUUCAGACACUCCUUACAAGGACCUCCUGGCUGCCUGUCACUCCAAGUUCAUUUCAAGAAAGUCACAUACUUCCUAGUGGUUUUUGAAACAAUUACAGGUUUCACUGUUAAUGUAUUUAGAAGAUUUAGAACUUCAGAUAUGAUUUAAUGUGCUUUUGUUUAAAAUCAUGAGCUCUGUGAAGUAUUGUGGAUUAAGAUACAAUCCAGAUAUAUAUAACAAUACUUAAAAUCUUUUACAUUCUGAACAUGCAGUAUAUUUAAUUGUAUGCUAAGACUGUAAAAGUGGAAUCAAAGUGUCAGGCCCUGUUUAUAAAAUUACAACUUGCUAGAGGUUCCAGAACUUUAAAGCCAUGGUUUUCUCUUCAGAAAAGUCCUUGAAACACAAAUGGAGGCCUUUAUUGAGCCCCCCUCCCAACUCCUGAAGGCCUUCUGGUGAUUCCUGGUUAAUAAUUCCAUUCUAAUGGAACAAGUUAAUGUAUGAUUUUAAGAUGCAAGGGACUUGAGAUACAUGCUGUGGAGUAGUCCACACAUGUAAGAAAGUACCUAACAUGGUAGGUGGUGUUGCUUUUCAACUGUGCUCUGAAAGAAUAUAAAAAAUGUACAUUCCUGUCUCUAUUAAAGAAGUCUGCAAUACAGGGUAUAGCGCUGAGUACUGCUGGAACCCAAAGUAGAAAAUCUUAAGCUAAUCAUAUAGAAUAUGAAGGGACUCAGUAUCUCUGAUAACCUGUUAAGUAAGUAGAAAUUUUGUAUUAGGGUCAAGAUAAUGCUAGUCAGGAGAUUUCUUUAGACCUGUAUGUCUUGAUGUGAUAAUACAUAACAUUAAGUUGGUCUGAGAAUAUCAUAGAUUACCAAAUUCAUAAUUUCAUAGCUUAAAAAUGAGCCAAAUUUUAAAAGCUUGAUCAGUAUAGUAUUUAUCAAGUUUUAAUAAUAAUUAACUGAAUACAUGAAAAUACAUUAGUUUCAAUGUUCAGUUAGUCAGUUCAGUUGCUCAGUUGUGUCUGACUUUUUGUGACCCCAUGAACCAGGCCUCCCUGUCAAUCACCAUAUCCUAGAGUCCACCCAGAGCCAUGUCCAUCGAGUCAGUGAUGCCAUCCAACCAUCUCAUCUUCUAUCAUCCCGUUAUGUUACUAGAAGUUAAACAGUACGUGAAGAAUUAGCUUAUUCAGCCAGAAAGCAUGCAUCUGAACAGCAUGUCUUCAGUCACUAGAGAGGUAAUCGUUGAUCACAUGAUUGUGAAAUAGGAUUAUUUUGCAGAAUUCUGGAGAUGGAGUUGUUUGAGUCUUUUCUGUAAUCUCAAAGUACAGUAGACCCUUGUCUGUUGUGGGCCCAAAGCCACAACCAUUAAAAGCUUUGAACUGUCAGCAGCUGGAAUCCCAACAAACUGCUGGAUCAAACUUCACUAGCUAAGAACUUACAUAGCCAUGGGAAGGAAUGAUUCCAUGAUUCCUGUACAUAAUAACUGGCCUGCCGUCAUUUGUGGAAUACAGUCUAAAAGUAAAAAGGACUGUUAAAAAUCUUUGAACUUUAUUUGGUAAUUGUAUGGCCCUUGUGAGUAUUGUGUUUCUGUUUUGGAACUCUUAUUCUCAGAUGAAGUAAAAUGAUAUUUACUGGUA